AUGUCGUCAGCAUCUGCGAAGGCCCAGGCUACUGCCGCAGUUAACAACGUCUUAUCCCUGGUUCUUCCAGGCAGCGCGAAAAUUGACCACAACUCCACUAAGCGCCAAAACAAUUCUAAAGGAUCAAAAGCCCAGCUUAUCAAUGCAAACCUUAAAAAGGCCGUAAGAGUACGAGAGAGGGAUGCGCAUUCGAUUAAAAAACGCGAACAGAGAAACAGAAGGAAGCUUCAGAGAGCUCGCCAGUUAGCUGAAGACAAAGUGGACCAGCAAGCAAAAUUAGAUAUACUGAGAAAACACAGAGAGGAGGAUUCGCUGACGGCCAAGGAACGAAAGUUCUUGAACAAAGUCAUCAACAAAAAUGUUCGGGACCUCAAAAGUUGGGAUGUGGAUGCUGAGGAGUUACAUGAAUUGCAGGAAAGUGUUUUGAGGAACACCUCCCAACGUUCUAGCUUACAGAAACGCAAGCGUAAGCAAAGAAGAGAUGACUUCGACGAAAGCAAAAAGCCUGUAUCUGGUGACCACCGGUACCCAGGCCUUACUCCAGGGUUGGCUCCUGUCGGUCUCAGCGAUGAAGAGGACUCAGAUGAAGAGUAG